AUGGCUUAUGUCGAGUUUCUGACGGAUCGUGUGUCUACCGCAUUAGAUCAGCCUGCAAAAUCAAAUCAAUCAAAUGCCAACUCUCUCCUCCAGAUAUAGAUUGCAAAGGAAUUUUGCCCCACAGCACUUCAAACCCCCGGGGUCAAAAUCCACCUUCACAACUCCCCCCACAACAAACAGCUCAAGACGAACAAUGUACUGGAGUGGACGUUGAUCCAAAAUAUGAAUCACAAACCGAAGCUUCUACACAAGAUACCAAGGAACAUCGUCACUAUCAGCGACACCUCCUUCCCGUUUAUAAGAAUGCUGUAAAUUCCCUUAAGAAGGGCCGUUCAGCAAAGAAACACGAGGACCCUCAAAUGCCCAAACCAAAAGUCACGGAAUCAACGGUCGAGACAUCAGUCGACGUUCCUGCAGCACAAAGUAUAACAAGCACCGCUUCUGCUGCCGUAUCGUUGAACACAUACACUCAUCGGGGAUUCAUCGUGAAGGACCAGGACGAUCAAAACCAACCACAUCACCAUCAGCAACUAGUCAUGCUGCGAUCAGAGGAGUUCGGUGUUGAACGGAUGGAACGCGGAGGUCAGGAAAAAAAGUUUGCAGCUGAAGAGCUUCGCGUAGAUCCAGGUAGAGCUCUUUCAGAAGCGUCUGUGUAUGAGAUAAAGGAUGGUAUCAAAUUGACAAGAUUUAAGAUGCAACAGAGAAUCUCGAUGAUCCAGCAACUGCCGCAGAAGUUUCAGUCUUUUAGAGAUUGGUGUGAUCAACACACUGUGGAUGAGUUACAUGAUAGUGCAAGUUGGCAGACCUUUGUCACAGUACUGGCGGUCACAUUCAAUGCUACCCCGGUAGAACUCUAUCAGACCUGA